UGGGGGAGGUGACGGAGCCAAACCCUUCUGGCUGCGGCACAGAUGAGAAGGGGGAGCAGGGCGGGCUGUGCUGCCGCUCCGCCCCGCGUUGCCAGGGCUGCGGUAGCAGCAUUGGGGUGCUGCCAGCUGCCACACAGGUACUGCUAGGCCCUGGCGUCAUCCCUUCUGUGAUCCCCAGGGGACAGGGUGGGGGGCCCCUGCUGCGGUUUUGGAGGUUGGCCAGCAGCUGGAUUCGCAUAAUUAGAAGACUUCCGCUGGGCUUUGCACUGGGGAGUGCUGCUCAAAGGACCCUUGUUGCUGUAGAAGAAUGGCUGCAAAGAAAAAGGAGGUAGUCCUUCAGAUUAACAUCAAUAGCCAGGAACUCUGGGAAGAAAUGCUGUGUCUCAAAGGCCUAAUUGUUGUUGAUGCAUUUCAAGCCUGGUGUGGUCCCUGCAAAACAGUAGUGGAUCUUUUCCGAAAAAUAAGGAAUGAAGUCAGCAGUGACCUCCUGCAUUUUGCUGUGGCUGAAGUUGAUUCCAUUGAUGCUCUGGAAAAACACAGAGGAAAAUGCGAGCCUCUCUUUCUGUUUUAUGCAGGAGGAGAACUGGUAGCUGUUGUAAGAGGAGCGAAUGCACCGUUGCUGCAGAAGACCAUUCUGGAACAGCUGGCAAUGGAACGGAAGGUUUUAGAACAUGGAGGAGAGCGUGUGGUGGUAACCAAGCACUGAAUCCUCAAGUAACCGUGCAUGUCAGAGGAAAGGUUCAUUCUGUAGUGCCAGCAUAGCUCUAAGUAGGGAUACUUCCUUGUAAAAAUAGUCCUUUUAUCUGAAUUGAGUCUGAAGAUUGGCUAACGUGUCACUUGAGCCUCCACAAAACUGUAGAGCCUACCUUGAUGGAAGAAGCUGGGAAGGAUGAUUGUGUUGUUUAAAACCUGUCUUCUUGUUAAGAGGGAAGGUAAUACAUGUCAUCCAGCAUUUUCCAAGAGAAACUGUACUGUGUUUUGUCUUGACUCAUUCACCCACCCCAAGCAUUAAUUUUAUUCCUUAAAGCUACCUUCUUGGCUUCUAGUUCCCGAAUCUCUAACAGGUCUGCUUGUGAUGGCAUUUCUCAGGCUGUGGUGGAUGACAGUUCAUUGCAGUCGUAGUCAUUUCUGUUCCUUGCUGUGCAGGACCUGCAGCCUGUACUUGGAUAUCACCGUGCAAUCAAUCUGCCUUUCAGCGGCUCUGUAAUACAAUGCUUGUGUGGUCUGUAGUGUCUGCUGUAAAGCUCUGGGUUGUUUCGUGGCAACUAUUCUCCUCCCUCCAGCAGCAAGCUCUGCUGUCAGAGCCCAGCAAACUCCAGCGGCCUGCUGCUGCGAGUGUAGUAGGGAACGGUGUUUCUGAAAAAGUGCUUCCUUUCAUUUUAUCUCAACUUGCUGUGCAGUGGUAUCGCUGAAUCCCCUUAGUUCUCAUAUAGCAAAAUGACUCUUAUUCCCUAGACACCUUCUCCAUGUCACUGAUGAUUUCCUUAGAUGGUUAUUAAAUCUUUCCUCAGCCUUGA